GGUCUCGGAACCGUUCUCGGGAAGCGGCCCCGGGCCCCGCGCUCGGCCCGCGAACGCCAGCGGCAGGAGCGGCCCCGGGCCCCGCGCUCGGCCCGCGAACGCCAGCGGCAGGAGCGGCCCCGGGCCCCGCGCUCGGCCCGCGAACGCCAGCGGCAGGAGCGGCCCCGGGCCCCGCGCUCGGCCCGCGAACGCCAGCGGCAGGAGCGGCCCGGCUGCCUCGGGUAACGCCCUGUGAGAGCCGCCUUCCCCUCGCGGCCCGGCCGCCCCGGCCCCCGCCGCCAUGUCGGUGAAUCCCAUGACCUACGAGGCGCAGUUCUUCGGGUUCACGCCUCAGACGUGCAUGCUGCGCGUCUACAUCGCCUUCCAGGACUACCUGUUCGAAAUGAUGCUGGUGGUGGAGGGCGUGAUGCUGAAGAAGCUGGACGGCAUUCCCGGCUGCAAAGUCAGCCCUUCCAAGAUCCGGAAAUGCACCGAGAAAUUCCUGCUCUUUAUGAAGGAGCACUUCGAUAAACUGUUCUCUAAAAUGGAAGAAGUGCUGCUGCAGCUGGUGCUGAACAUCCCUAAGAACGUGCUGCUGCCCGAGGACAAGGUGCAGGAGCAGUAUCCCUACAGUGAGGAGGAAUUCCAGGCGCUGCAGGAUGAGCUGCAGCAGCUGCAGCAGCAGUGCAGGGCAGAGGCGGUCCUGGAGCAGGAGCUGCGAGCAGAGCUGGAGGAGCAGAAGGCUGUCAAGGCCGAGCUGGAGAAGAUUUUGCAGUGCUUUGAUGGGCUUGAGAACAUCUGCAGGGAGCAUGGGGCCGGCAACUUCAAGGAAAGUUUUGCCUUCCUGACACAGAGCUCUAAGAAAUUGCAGGAUGUGCUAAAAGAAGUUGAGGAGAAGAGCAAAAAAAUGAACCAGCAUGAUCAGUUAAUGUAAUGGAAAUUCUGAGAAGGCAACAGAUGCCAUACAGAGAGCUUUCUUAAAAUGACAGGGCCUUAUCUUUCUCUUACUCCACUGGUGCUGCCAGGAUUUGGUCUAAGAGCUGUUGAACUGUGCCAGUUUGCUCCUCCCUAAGGCAGGAAGGGGAGAAAGCCUGAAAAAUAUAACUCAGAUUGUUAACUUUGCAAGUUUUGGGUCGCAUAACCGGCGUUUGAAAACACUGAAUGUUACCUUUGAACACAAUGUAGCACUAGCCUGUUUUAAGGGUUAUAAAAACAAAGCCUCGUUAAGAGUUGUAGGAAUGUGUAGGUGGUUUCCAGCCUGAGGUCAGAGAUACCACUGGGACUUUGCUGGUGGCCAAGGAGCUGCCUGGCCAUGUGCCUUUCUCUGUGUUUGGGAAGCCAGCAAGGAGGAGAUGCAGGGAGAAGGAUGACACUGAUGCUGUCGACAAGGUUCUGAUGAGAUCUGUUGGCAUCAAACCAAACUUCAGCCCAGUUUCUGGAAUCUCAGGGUUCCUCACCACUCCACCUGUGCUUGAGGUUCUGUCAGCCCAGAGCAGAAGCCACUGGAGGAAAUUAGUUGUUCCAUCACUUUGUCUUACUUCACCUUAUGUUGCAUUACAUAUAUAUUUGUUUAGGGUUUUUUGUUGCCCAGUGUCCCUUUUCUACUAAACAAAGUUUCUCUUAUUAACAUUUAAUCAGUUUUUCCUGUGAAAAUGUUAUGAGUAUUGAUAAGCUCUUGUGUCUUAAACUUAUUCUCUCUGUACUUAAUUCAAAAUCCCUGACAGUCUGUGCAUCUUUCCAUAGCAGCUUUUAACCUCCUGUUUAGUCUGGUCAUUAAACAUCAAUAAUAAUUUCUACUUUAAUAGCAUAGAGGUUUAAAAGUCAUUAACCUUGUGAAUCAUUUAGAGGUGACUGCAAUAAAAAAGUGUAUUGAAAACAUAAAA